AGUUUGUAUCGACAGGUUCACAGGGAGAAAUAAGCCGUCGUGAUGAUCAAAUCUAUCCUGGUCGUUCUCGCAGCUGUAGUCGCAGUUCAGAGCAGCGAGUGGUUAGAUCACUUGAAAAAACGAAGCGCGCAUCUAUCCGUACCUAUUGAUUCAAACUUGGACGGCGAGGACGAAGAGAAAUACUUUAAUCGAAAAGACAAUUGGAAAAAAGAAAUACUUGCGGCGAUGAACGACGAGAAUUUACACGAAAGUGAGGUUGACAUUGCCAACAACGUUGAGGAACGCGACUUUGUCGUGAACAGAUUGCAGAGCAUUUUCGAAAGGGUCGUGGACAACUCGAAAGUAUAAACGUCAAAGUGAAAGUUUUCAGUUUAAUAAUCAACCGUGUAGAGAAAACAAGGAUGAAAAAAACCAAGGUUUCA